AAAAUGAAACGGAACGCAUAGCGUAAUUAUUGAACUAUUUUAGACGCCGAAAUCGCAUUGAAACAAAACAAAAUACAUACAAAAAUUAAUAAACCUAACUCAUAUCAAUUUCUUCAAUAAUUUAAUUAGCAAUAGUGGCGUUUACUAACAAAUAUUUAAUAAACACUACUGUACCAAUUGUGCGUGAACGGAACGUACGUCAGAACCAUUUUGUAUCUGUGCGCAAGACGUCUUCAUUAGACACGCCAAUACUGUUUUAGAUACAAUCGAAGUAUUUUCAACAUAAUUCUUAGGAUGGAAGACAGUUUAAAUGUGGAUUUGGACCACAUGAUAAGCCUUAUAGAACUCAGGCCAAUGUUAUGGGAUAAAACUAGUGAGGAUUACAAAUCUAGGCACCUGAAAACUGCGGCCUGGCAUGAGAUCUGCGUUUUAUUGUUAGACAACUUUGAAUGCUUGAGUUUACACGAACAGAAUGAAAAAGGAAGAGCGUUAAUAAAAAAAUGGACCAACGAACGUGAAAAAUGGAUGAAAUGGAGACGAAGAUAUGAAAUUUCUGGCUCAAACUCAUGUAAAAAACCACCUUACAGUGACCAGUUGUCAUUCUUAGAAAAAAUAUUUGAACCCAGCACAUCCAAUAAUGACGCGGCUGAUACAGAAGCUGAUCAAGAUGAAGAGAAACCAGCAAAAUCUUCAGCCGAAUACGAAAUGCCAGAGUUUGUCAGCACUAGUUGUCAACCAGAUAAUUCUCAUUCUCAAAGAACCCGUUCAGCGAAGAAAAGGAGAUCGUUAGAUGAAUAUGAAAUUGAAUUGAAUUCAGUGAAACCAACGUCAUCACCAGCAUCUUUUGGUGAAACACCUAUGCUGUCAUUUUUCAGGGGUAUACUGCCAUCUUUAGAAGAAUUUGAUGCUGACGAACACUUAGAUUUUCAAAUUCAGACAUUAAGUUUAAUUCGAUCUAUGAAAAAAGAAAAAAGACGAAAAAUUGAGAACUUUUAGAAUACACGAAAUACUUCAGAAAUUGGUAAUCUGGUUUUAAAAAAUAAACAAAAAUUGUAUUGUAAGUAAAUCAACAAAGUACUCGUAUUUCAAUAUAGUUUAUUUAAUAACUAUCUAGAAUCACUGUUCUCGUCGACAAUUCAGGCAUGAUUGAUAUAAGAAACCAUAUAAAUUUCGUAUUUAUAAUACUUGUUACUAAAAAGCAUACCUACUUGUAAAUGAAAAAAUAAGCGAUGGCAUGCAGUUUACGAGUGAUGGCUUCAGAAACCGCUUAUCAUCAUGAAAAUGUGUUCGUUCGAUAAUUGGCAUAUUUGAUCACCUAACGUGUUACUAAUGUGCCAAUCACAUUCCUUGUUUAAUGAAGUAUUUAAGUUAACUCGUGAUCGUUAUUGCAAACUCGUGACUACAAAAUAAGACCUAAUCCUUUGUUGUAUUGUGUCCUAUGUGUUCGAUUUAUUAUAGUGAGCUUUAAAAGUCCAAA